GGGGAGGGGGGUGGGGGUCUGCACUGCAACCCAGAUCAGCCCCCACCCCCAUUACAGUCCGCAUGCUUUAGUAGACUUUCCUUCUCCACUCUUUCUUCCUCUCCCCCUCUCUCUCUUUCUCCCUCUCCGGACAGCUUUUCCUUUCCUUUGCAUUGAUUGAGAGUUCAUUAGAGUUCACCUUUCUGCAAGGAAUGGGUUGUUUGUUGUUGUUUUAAAGUCCCCCCCCUCUCUCUUCCCUUUCUCUCUUUCCUUGUUUUUCCUGCAUGUUCAACAUAUGUCCCUCCUCCUUACCCCUCUCCCCAACCCCCACCUUUUCAGAAAAAAAAAAAAACAACCUGAGAUUGUACUUUUGUACAGGAGGUUCAAAUUACAAAUGGCAAUUUUAUGCACUUCGCCGUAUUAACGCUGCCGCCUGGGCAGAGCUCAUGUGACCCCUCCGUGGAUUAACAUUCUGCUUUAAAAAAAUACCUCUUGUUUUCUUUUUUUUUCCUUUCACUUUUGAAACCCUGAGAGCACUGUAGGGAGUAGGAAAGUGUGGGCAAGGGGCCUUUGGCCGCUGCUUUCCCUCUGCGCCAGUUGGGUCUUUGUGAUAUAAAAUUAUCCCAGAGCCGGGAACAGUGCUCUACCAAUGGCGCGCUCCGCGCCUGGGCGCGGGCUCCGGGUUGGAGCGAGCCAAUGCCGGGGUUUCUUUGUGUUUCUGCGAGAGCGACUCUCCCGGUCCUGAGUCAGAUAACAGCGGGUGCCUGAGCCUCGCCGGCUUUCUCCGGUCGUCACCGGCCUUGUCUGGGCUCCGCAAGCGCCCCACGUCUGCUCCCAGCCUCUCUCCCGCUUCCUCUCCUCUCUGACGGCCUCACUCUUUCUCUCUCCGCCCUUUUCUCCCUUGUCUCUCCUCCUCCGAGCUGAGCUCAGGGAUCAGGCAAAGACGCCAGACCAAGACUCUGUCUCUCGCCGGGGUUUCCUUCCUGGGCUGGGGUUGAGGUUACAAGGUUUGGGGACAGUCGUUCGGAGGUGGCCACAGGCCAUCUGGGGUAAACCUUAAUGUCUUGUGCAAAAGCGUCUCACCCUCCCCCUACAUUCCCGUCUCGUUCCUUCUCCAAUCAAUAAGAAAUAUCAGCUAUUUAGCAGUUUUUAAAAAGAAAGAAAUGAAAUGAAACGAAAGGUGCCCUAAGGAUAUGCUGCACCUCGCUUACAGCUCCAGGGACCCCAUUCAAAGUGACCAAUUCUGGGUCCUCGGCGGACCAAGCCUAGAUGGGCCUCACAGCUGUACAGAGAGGCAGGAUGCCUCCUACCCAGCCUACCCACGGGCAGUUUGCCCUGACCAACGGGGACCCCCUCAACUGCCACUCGUACCUGUCCGGAUAUAUUUCCCUGCUGCUGCGCGCGGAGCCCUACCCCACGUCGCGCUUCGGCAGUCAGUGCAUGCAGCCUAACAACAUCAUGGGCAUCGAGAACAUUUGCGAACUGGCCGCACGGAUGCUCUUCAGCGCCGUUGAGUGGGCCCGGAACAUCCCCUUCUUCCCUGACCUGCAGAUCACGGACCAGGUGGCCCUCCUUCGCCUCACCUGGAGCGAGCUGUUCGUGUUGAAUGCGGCCCAGUGCUCCAUGCCCCUCCAUGUCGCCCCGCUCCUUGCCGCUGCUGGCCUGCACGCUUCACCCAUGUCAGCCGACCGGGUGGUCGCUUUUAUGGACCACAUACGGAUCUUCCAAGAGCAAGUGGAGAAGCUCAAGGCACUGCACGUCGACUCCGCCGAGUAUAGCUGCCUCAAGGCCAUAGUCCUGUUCACCUCAGAUGCCUGUGGUCUGUCUGAUGUAGCCCAUGUGGAAAGCUUGCAGGAAAAGUCCCAGUGUGCUUUGGAAGAGUACGUUAGGAGCCAGUACCCCAACCAGCCAACACGGUUCGGAAAGCUCUUGCUUCGUCUCCCUUCCCUCCGCACGGUCUCCUCCUCAGUCAUAGAGCAAUUGUUUUUCGUCCGUUUGGUAGGUAAAACCCCCAUCGAAACCCUCAUCCGGGAUAUGUUACUGUCCGGCAGCAGUUUUAACUGGCCAUAUAUGGCAAUUCAAUAAAUAAAUCAAUCAAAAUAAGGGGGAGUGAAACAGAGAAAGAAAAGGCAAAAGACUGGUUUUGUUUGCUUAAUUUCCUUCUGUUAAGAAAGGAUGUUACAAGUUUGCUAAAAAGAAGAGAGGGGAAGAAUUUAAUGGACUGUGAAUUUCAAAAAGGAGAGAGAGAAAGAGAGAGACUGCCAAAUGAACUUUUACAGAAUGCAUUAAAAAAAAAGAAAGAAAACAACUCCUGUGUUGGGCAGAACAACCUGCUACUUAUCAUUUUUGUAUAAAAAGGAAAUUAGUCUUUUUUUCUUUUUGGUAAAUUUUUGAAAAAUAUUGCUAAAAGUGCAUUUAAGGAGAUUGGGAGAAAAUUAGCAGAAUGGACAAAGUAAGUCAUUUUUUUCCAAAUUAUUAAUUGUCCUGUGUCUAUGUACCUCUAGUUGUUCUUUUUUUUUUUUUUUAACUUUUCUGGUUCCAAACCAGUUUAUUCUGUGGUUCAAUAAUAAGUUUUGAUAUAAUCUUGGCUUCUUAAAAACUGUGUAUCAUUAAAAUAUAUGUUCUGCAAGAAUUAAAACUGAGUCCAUGAAAAUAGCAUAGGAAAACAUAAAACUUUAAAAGGCAACUCAGAGAUGGUGGAAAUGCACUUACAAGUGGUGGCCAAAUUGUUUUUUUUUUUUUUUUUUUAAGGUAAAGUUGAGCACUCUAAUUAGCAAGCUGGGGGAAUCACAUCAACACUUAGCUUCCCCACCCCCACCCCAUACCAUGACAAACCUAGCUUUUUAAAAAAAAUAUUUUAAGAAACAGAAGGAACUGUGGAAUUUAUUGGCAGCCAAGGAAUGUGUCCAAGACACAAGCUGAGGUUUUUGAAUAAAAAGUGAACUUUUGUAAUUUGAAUUGGGUCCCCCCCCCUUAGUUCUUGAAUUGUUAUGAAUCCUAUAUCUGUUUGUAUAUUUGCAAGCCCUUUGUAUUAUAAUUGUUGAUAUUUCCCCUUUUUAAAAAAUACCAUUGAAAUCAGCAUGACAAAAUAACACUGUUGGCACUUAUAGGUAACGUGAUUGAUUCAGUAUCUUAGAGUUUACAGUUUGUGUUUUUAAAAAACUGAAGGUUUUUUUUUUAAGUGCAACAUUUCUGUAUACUGUAAAAGUUAUAAUAACUGAACUGUUUGGUCGAGUCUUUGUGUGUUAUAUUCCAAGGAAAUUGAAAGUAUUCAGAAAUUAAAAUAUUAUUUGAUAUCUGAAAUCUGCUUGGCUGUCCCCACUCACUGUCUUUCCACGGAGCUGAGCCCCUGUGAGUUCUCGCUGAGCCAGCGGGGGCCCCAUUUGUUUACUCCCUCAAUCAGUUUGUUCAAAGGUAGACUAGUGUAUUUGCCUGUUUAAUUUGGGUGUGGUGUGGGGGGGGAGCUGAAGUUAAUGGUUUAGCUAUGGUUUAGGAAGUGCCACACUGAUAUAGUAAGCCACCCCCAUUCACCUAAUCCUACUUUUAAUUAAAAAUGGAUUUUCCAGGAAAAAAAUAAGGCCCUUAUAUUUGUCACACUUAAGUGCCUGCUUAGGGAAGGUAUUGUGAAAAGUAUUAGAAAUUUUGAGAUCAGUAUCUGUUUUAUGAUCAGAAAAAAAAUGCUCUUUUGUACAUUUGUGACAGUUAUGCAGAGGACUGUCCAAGCAAGCUAAUCACAGAACUGUAAAUAGAGGGCAGUUGUUUGCAAUGAGUUUUUCCUUAAGUAAGUGUAAUUUUUCUUUUUCUUUUUUUCUUUUUUUUUUAAAAAUAUCCUGAGGUUCUCAUUUAGCGUGGCUGUUGAGAGGAUUUUGAAUACAGUGAUGUAGCUGCUAGCGACGAAGGGUCUGUUUUUCUUGUAUAUACAUGAUAACUUGCAGUUGCCCUGCCUUUCCCCUCCCCCUCCCUCUUCAGUCUGUUGAGAGCAUGGCCACAGGUCAAGGGAAUCUUUACCAUUGGAGUUAUGUACAUAAAAAAAAAAAACCAUGAACAUUUGGACAUUUCAGAUUAUAUAGAAACAAUCUGUACUGCUCUGGGAUCCUUUGGUCUUAGAAACCAUUUUUGGGGGGGUGGAGAGAGAGAGAGGGAGAGGAGAGAGAGAGAGAGAGAGAGAGAGAGAGAGAGAGAGAGAGAGAGAGAGAGAGAGAGAGAGAAUAAAGAAAACUUUACAGGGUGUGCUGAUUUGGGAAGUCAACUAUUUGGUUCUGUCCCUUAUUCUCUUUUCCUGGUUUGGGAAGAGCUCACUGCUGGGAACUUGCAAUUUGUUCUUAUUUAGACUUUCCAAGCUGCCCUCCCUGACAAUACUUUUACCAUGUUGUGGUUUAAUCUUAAAACGGGGGAGGGGGCUGGUGACAGAGGUGAAAGAAAGGAGAUCAGUUUGCCAAGUGCAUUCAACUUUGAUGCUCAGUUCUGGUUCAUACAUGCAGACCUGAAAACUCUGCCUGAUUUAGGCAGAGAUCUUUAUCUGACCCUCAGCUUCCCUCUGUAGAUAUAUAGAUAUAUAAAUAUAAAUAUGAAUAUAAGUAUGUUUUACAGCACAGCAUCUGACCUGUAGAUGGAGGUUUUGUUGGUUGUUUAUUUUCCCCUCUUGCAAGUGCUACCCAUGUGAGUGUGUGAAGUUUCUCUACUAAGUAAAACACAGGCCCUUUUCCUUGUUUGCUUUGUGUUAGCUUAUUGUAAACAGCCAUUUGUUGUAAAUUAUUAUUGGCAUUAAAUUAUAAUUUAUGAUUUUCAAAGCAAAA